AUGGCUACACUGCUACAUCCUUUGAAUCGGCUGCUACGAAAAGGAAACACUUUUACAUGGAGCUCUGCUUGUGAACAGAGUUUUCUGAAGAUUAAAGAAAUUAUUACAAGUGAUGACGUGUUGGUACACUUUGAUCCUAGCUUGCCACUGGUCUUAGCUACUGAUGCUUCGCCGGUAGGUGUAGGAGCCGUUCUUUCGCACCGCUAUAGGGAUGGAACAGACAGGCCAAUUGCCUUCGCCUCUCGAUCUUUAUCAAAAUCAGAACAAAAAUACUCUCAAAUCGAUAAGGAAGCCUUGGGAAUAUAUUGGGGCCUGAAAAAGUUUUUCCCGUUUUGUUAUGGCCGCAAAUUUACUUUGAUCACUGAUCACAAACCGCUGGUGUCAAUUUUUAAUCCAGCAAAGACCUUACCAACAAUCUCGGCAACACGGAUAUUCAACUAUGCUCACUUUCUCUCCGGGUUCGACUAUGACAUAGAGUACAGGCAAACUGCUCAUCAUUGCAAUGCAGAUUAUCUCUCUCGAUUCCCUAUCGAAGUUGUACAAGAACAUUCUGUAGAUGACCUCUCGAAGUACCACAUAAAUCAACUGGAAACACUCAAUAUCAACAGUACCGUGGUGGCUAAGGAAACUCUCAACGAUGCUGUUUUGGGUCCAGUCCUACAGGCCUUGAAAUCGGGACAAUCUGUUGAACAAUACGGAUUUCACGAUAACGAGCUGUCCAUUCAAGAUGAUUGUGUACUGAAGGGCUGGAGAGUCAUGAUACCUCAAUCUCUCAGACCUCAUGUGCUUCGAGAACUACACGUAGCUCAUUUAGGAGGAAUAAAAAUGAAGGCUUUAGCUCGCAGUUUUUGCUGGUGGAAAAGUAUAGACAAGGAUAUUGAAGAUAUGGUAGCUGAAUGUCGACAAUGCAUUGAAAAAUGCAACAACCCGAGGAAAACUAUCCAUCCAUGGGAACAACCUUCCAAUCCAUGGGAGAGGGUGCACAUUGAUUUCUUAGGACCAACAGAUGGCCAACAGUACCUGAUAUUAGUGGAUGCCUUUAGUAAGUGGGUGGAUGUGAUACAGACGAAAACAACUACAAGUACAUGGACAGUCCAAGAAUUACGGAAAAUCUUCUCAACUUUUGGGUUUCCUCACAUCCUAGUUUCAGAUAAUGGAAGACAGUUUGUUUCUCAAGAGUUCAAAAACUUCAUGAAUGAAUGUGGGAUUAUUCACAGAACAACGGCACCAUACCAUCCAAACUCAAAUGGCCAGGCUGAAAGGUACGUGCAGACUGUCAAGAAGGCGUUAAAAUCCAUGGAGGGAGAAAAGGGUACACUGCAAAAUAAAAUCCAAAGACUUCUAAUGCAACUCAGGCAAUCCCCGAAUUCAACAGGUACAUCAGCAUAUCACCUAAUGUUUGGAAGGAGUGUACGAACAAACCUAUCAAUAAUUGUUCCAACAUUAGAACCGAACAAAUAUCAGAAGAAGGGAGUCCAAGUCGGUAUAAAAAGGAAUUUCAAAGUUGGAGAUAGAGUGCAAGCGCGGGAAUAUGUCAAUGGUUCGUCCAAGUGGUAUUCGGGCUAUAUAACUCAAAAGCAAGGACAUGUAAUGUACGUAGUUCAGCUGGAAGAUGGACGAAUAAUAAGAAGACAUGUUGACCAGCUGAUUCUUCGUAAAGUGCCGCAGCACAGUAAAUAG